AGCAUGAUGUCCUUCUCCAGGGACUGAUCCCUCCUGACAACAUGUCCAAAGUAUGUAAGACACAGUGUCACCAUCUUUGCUUCUAAGGAGCAUUCUGGUUGUCCUUCUUCCAAGACAGAUUUGUUCAUUCUUUUGGCAGCCCGUGGUAUAUUCAAUAUUCUUCACCAGCAUCACAAUUCAAAGGUGUCAGUUAUUCUUCGGACUUCCUUAUUCAUUGUCCAGCUUUCGCAUGCAUAUGAUGUGAUUGAAAAUACCAUGGCUUGGGUCAGGGGCAUCUUAGUCUUCAAGGUGACAUCUUUGCUCUUCAACACUUUAAAGAGGUCCUUUGCAGCAGAUUUACCCAAUGCAACACGUCUUUUGAUUUCUUGACUACUGCUUCCAUGGCUGUGGAUUGUGGACCCAAGUAAAAUGAAAUCCUUGGCAACUUCAGUCUUUUCUCUGUUUAUCGUGAUGUUGCUCAUUGGUUCAGUUCUGAGGAUUUUUGUUUUCUUUAUGUUGAGGUGCAAUCCAUACUGAAGGCUAUGGUCUUUGAUCUUCAUUAGUAAGUGCUUCAAGUCCUCUUCAAUUUCACCAAGCAAGGUUGUGUCAUCUGCAUAACGCAGGUUGUUAAUGAGUCUUCCUCUAAUCCCUGAUGCCCCAUUCGUCUUCAUAUAGUCCAGCUUCUCGGAUUAUUUGCUCAGCAUACAGAUUCAAUAGGUAUGGUGAAAAAAUACAACCCUGAUGCCCACCUUUCCUGACUUUAAACCAAUCGGUAUCCCCUCGUUCUGUCCGAACAACUGCCUCUUGAUCUAUGUAAAGGUUCCUUAUGAGCACAAUUAAGUCUUUUGGAAUUCCCAUUCUUCUCAAUGCUGUCCGUAAUUUGUUAUGAUCCACACAGUCGAAUGCCUUUGCACAGUCAAUAAAACACAGGUAAACAUCCUUCUGGUAUUCUCUGCUUUCAGCCAGGAUCCUUCUGACAUCAGCAAUGAUAUCCCUGGUUCCAUGUCCUCUUCUGAAACCGGCCUGAAUUUCUUGUAGUUCCCUGUCGAUGUACUGCUGCAGCCGUUUUUGAAUGAUCUUCAGCAAAAUUUUGCUUGCGUAUGAUAUUGUUCUAUAAUUUCCACAUUCAGUUGGAUCACCUUUCUUGGGAAUAGGCAUAAAUAUGGAUCUCUUCCAGUCAGUUGGCUGGGAAGCUGUCUUCCAUAUUUCUUGGCGUAGACUAGUGAGCACCUCCAGCGCUGCAUCUGUUUGUUGAAACAUCUCAAUUGAUAUUCCAUCAGUUCCUGGAGCCUUGUUUUUCACCAAUGCCUUUAGAGCAGCUUGGACUUCUUCCUUCAGUACCAUUGGUUCCUGAUCAUAUGCCACCUCUUGAAAUGGUUGAACAUCGACUAAUUCUUUUUGAUAUAAUGACUCUGUAUUCCUUCCAUCUUCUUUUGAUGCUUCCUGCGUUGUUUAAUAUUUUCGCCCUAGAAUCCUUCACUAUUUCAACUCGAGGCUUGAAUUUUUUCUUCAGUUUUUCAACUUGAGAAAGGCUGAGCAUGUUCUUCUCUUUCGGUUUUCCAUCUCCAGUUCUUUGCACAUAUCAUUAUAUUACUUUACUUUGUCUUCUCGAGACGCCCGUUGAAAUCUUCUGUUCAAUUCUUUUACUUCAUCAAUUCUUCCCUUUGCUUUAGCUGCUUGACGUUUGAGAGCAAGUUUCAGAGUCUUCUCUGACAUCCAUCUUGGUCUUUUCUUUCUUUCCUGUCGUUUCAGUGACCUCUUGCUUUCUUCACGGAUGAUCUCCUUGAUGUCAUUCCGCAGUUCGUCUUCGGUCACUAGUGUUCAGUGGGUCAAAUCUGUUCUUCAGAUGGUCUCUAAAUUCAGGUGGGAUGUACUCAAGGUCAUAUUUUGGCUCUCGUGGACUUGCUCUGAUUUUCUUCAGUUUCAUCUUGAACUUGCAUAUGAGCAAUUGAUGGUCUGUUCCACGGUUGGCCCCUUGCCUUGUUUUGACUGAUGAUAUUGAGCUUUUCCAUCGUCUCUUUCCACAGAUGUAGUCAAUUUGAUUUCUGUGUGUUCCAUCUGGCGAGGUCCAUGUGUAUAGUUGCCGAUUAUGUUGGUGAAAGAAGAUAUCUGCAAUGAGGAAGUUGUUGGUCUUGCAAAAUUCUAUCAUUCGAUCUCUGGCAUUGUUUCUGUCACCAAGGCCAAUAUCUUCCAGCUACUGAUCCUUUUUCUUUGUUUCCAACUUUCGCAUUCUAAUAGCCAGUAAUUAUCAAUGUAUCUGGAUUGCGUGUUCGAUCAAUUUCAGACUGCAGCAGCUGAUAAAAAUCUUCUAUUUCUUCAUCUUUGACCCUAUUGGUAGGUGCGUAAAUUUGAAUAAUAGUUGUAUUAACUGGUCUUCCUUGUAGGCGUAUGGAUAUUACCCUGUCACUGACAGUGUUGUACUUCAGGAUAGAUCUUGAAACGAUCUCUUUGAUGAUGAAUGCAACACCAUUCCUGUUAAAGUUGUCAUUCCCAGCAUAGUAGACUGUAUGUCCGAUUCAAAAUGGCCAAUACCAGUCCAUUUCAGCUCACUAACGCCUAGGAUAUCAUUAUUUAUGCAUUGCAUUUCAUUUUUGAUGAUUUCCAACUUUCCUAAAUUCAUACUUCGUGCAUUCCAGGUUCCAUUUAUUAAUGGAUGUUUGCAGCUGUUUAUUCUCAUUUUGUGUCAUGCCACAUCAGCAAACGAAGGUCCCAAAAGCUUUACUCCAUCCACGUCAUUAAGGUCAACUCUACUUUGAGGAGGCAGCUCUUCCCCUGUGGUCUUUUGAGUGCCUUCCAGCCUGGGGGGCUUAUCUUCCAGCACUGUAUCAGACAGUGUUCCGCUGCUAUUCAUAAGGUUUUCACUGGCUAAUGCCUUUCAGAAGUAGACUGCCGGGUCCUUCUUCCUAGUCUGUCUUAGUCUGGAAGCUCAUUUGAAACCUGUCCUCCAUUGGUGACCCUGCUGGUAUCUGAAUACCGGUGGCAUAGCUUCCAGCAUCACAGCAACACGAAAGCCCCCACAGUUCAACAAACUGACAGUAUAGAUAUCCUUUUUUCCCCCAUUUUACAAAACUGGUUCUGUAUUUUGCUCUUUUCUCUUUUAACAGUGUAACUUAUAAGUACAUCAGGAAUUUCCUUUUUUUUCUUUUUUUCCUUUGCCUGUAGAGUAUUACGGAACGUGGAGGAACCACUUAUUUUAUUAUUCUCUGAACAAUCAUUUUUUCCCCAGUUUUUUCAGUUAUAAACAGUGCUGGAUAAAUAAUCUUGUACAUGUCAUUUUGGAUAGUAUCUAUUAAGAUAAAUUUCUAAAUGUGUAUUUUUCUAAUUUUUUUAAUAGAUAUUACAAAAUUGUCUUCUAAAAAUAUAUGCAAUUUAUAUUCCCACCAGCAGUGUUUCGAGUUUUGAGAGAGGAGAUUUGGGCAUGGUAGAUACACAAGAUAAAGAUAACCAGUUUGAAAUAUCAUCUUCACCCGUGUGUAUUUACAGUGGAGUGGAGUAUUCAGUAUUGGAUUGCACUUUAGCCAUGUUCAUUCAACACACCAUUUGUUAAGUGCCUGUGAAAGGACGUAGUCUUUGCUGUUUACCCUGGUGGUGUAGUGAUUAAGUACUACGGGCUGUUAACCAAAAGGCUGGCAGUUUGAAUACACGAGGUGCUCCUUGGAAAGUCUAUGGGGCAGUUCUCCUCUGUCCUGUGGGGUCGAUAUGAGUCUGAAUUGACUCAAAGGCAAUCGUUGUUUUGUUUUUGGUAAGCAAAAAACUUUACCUAAGAUAUCAUAGAUUUCUGGCGGAGCAGAUCCUCGUUUGCCCCAAGUAGGGCAGGGGAAAUUCUAGAUUAGCAGUUCUCAAACUUUUUGGUCUCCUACCUCUUUAGUCUUUUAAAGAUUAUUAUGGACCUCAAAGAGCUUUUAUUCAUAUGGUUUAUAUUUAUGAAUAUUUACUGUAUUAGAAAUUAAAACUUAAGAAAAUAAAAUAUUCAUUAAAAUAACAAUAAAGUUUACGUAUUAAUAAGCAUAUAUAACAUUUUUAAUGGAAAAUAGCUAUACUUUCUAAAACAAAAAAGAUUUAGUGAGAAGAGGGAGCAGCAUUGUUUACAUUUUUGCAGAUAUCUUUAAUGUCUGACUUAAUAGAAGACAGCUGGAUUCUCAUAUCUGCUUCUGCAUUCAGUCUGCUGUGAUGUCUUUUUGGUUGAAGUAUGUGAAGAAAAUCCAGCCUCAAAGAUAUGUAGUUGGAAAAAGGAGGAGUAUUUUACUAUCCUUUUCAGACUUGUUUCUUAUAUGGGAUGCCAUUCCAGCACUGGACUCAUGGAGGCUGAACAUUUAUUCAGGAGUCCAUAGAGGCUACCAUAUUCUAUUGAAGAUGUCUAACAGUAACACUACUCAGGAGACCCUGGAAAUAAUGAAAGAAUCAGAAAAAAAACUAGUGGAGGAAUCUGUAAACAGAAACAAGUUUAUGUCUAAGGCUCCAAGUAAGGAAGAAAUUGAGAAAGAGGGAGAAGAUACCAUUUUGCGCCACGAAACACAGAGGCGGACAUCCAACCAUGGUCAUGCCAGGAAACGAACCAAGUCUAAUUCCAAGCUGAAGUUGGUGCGUAGCCUGGCAGUGUGUGAGGAGUCCUCUGCCCCAUUUGCUGAUGGACCACUAGAAACCCAGGAUAUAAUUCAGUUGCAUAUCAGUUGCCCCUCUGACAAGGAGGAGGAAAAGUCUACAAAGGAUGUCUCUGAAAAGGAAGACAAGGACAAAAAUAAAGAAAAGAUCCCCAGGAAGAUGCUGUCCAGAGACUCCAGCCAAGAGUACACGGACUCCACUGGAAUAGACCUACAUGAAUUUCUUGUAAAUACACUGAAAAAGAACCCAAGGGACAGAAUGAUGCUGCUAAAAUUAGAACAGGAGAUUCUGGACUUUAUUAAUGACAACAAUAACCAGUUCAAGAAGUUCCCUCAGAUGACCUCAUAUCACCGGAUGCUAUUACACCGGGUAGCUGCCUAUUUUGGGAUGGACCACAAUGUUGAUCAAACUGGAAAAGCUGUCAUCAUCAACAAAACCAGUAACACAAGAAUUCCUGAACAGAGGUUCUCAGAACAUAUAAAGGAUGAGAAGAAUACAGAAUUUCAACAGAGAUUCAUUCUCAAGAGAGAUGAUGCCAGUAUGGACCGAGAUGAUAACCAGAACUCCCUGGCUUUGCCACAGACUUCUAACUCCAGGUCAUUGUGGGACAAAGCAAGGUCCCUGCCUGCUUCAGCCUUGAUCCAGAUCAGAGUUCCAUUGCAGGAUGGAAGGAGGAGCAAGUCAAUAGAAGAGAGAGAGGAGGAAUAUCAAAGGGUCCGAGAGAGAAUAUUUGCCCGAGAGACUGGCCAGAAUGGAUAUCUAAAUGACAUCAGACUCUCCAAAGAAGCCUUUUCUUCUAGUUCUCACAAGAGAAGGCAGAUUUUUAGGGGGAACCGAGAGGGGCUGAGCCGCACCUCAAGCAGCCGCCAGAGCAGCACAGACAGCGAACUCAAAUCCCUGGAGCCACGGCCCUGGAGCAGCACAGACUCUGACGGCUCUGUCCGGAGCCUGCGGCCUCCUGUCACCAAAGCCAGCAGCUUCAGCGGAAUCUCUAUCCUCACCCGGGGCGACAGCAUCGGGAGCAGUAAAGGAGGCAGUGCAGGAAGGAUUGCCAGGCCAGGUGUGGCGCUAGGUGCCCCAGAAAUGUGCAACCAGGUCACCUCAUCCCAGUCUAUCCGGGGCCUUCUCCCUUGUACUGCCCAGCAGCAGCAGCAGCAGCAGCAGCAGCAGCAGCAGCAACAGCAGCAGCAGCAGCAGCAGCAGCAGCAGCAGCUUCCUGCUCUCCCACCCACGCCUCAGCAACAGCCGCCCUUGAAUAAUCAUAUGAUCUCACAGCCAGUCCCGGCUCUGCAGCCCUCUCCGCAGCCUGUUCAGUUCUCUGCAAGCUCCUGUCCCCAAGUCCUUCUGCCAGUCUCUCCACCCCAGCAGUACAACAUGGCAGAUGACCUCAGCAAUCCCUUUGGACAAAUGAGCCUUAGCCGCCAAGGUUCUACUGAAGCAGCUGACCCAUCUUCAGCUCUGUUCCAGCCUCCACUUAUCUCCCAGCACCCUCAGCAGCCUAGCUUCAUCAUGGCUUCCACGGGACAGCCCCUCCCCACUUCCAGCUAUUCCACCUCUAGCCACGUACCACCUACUCAGCAAGUCCUGCCACCCCAGGGCUACAUGCAGCCCCCUCAACAGAUCCAGGUUUCUUACUAUCCUCCUGGACAAUAUCCUAACUCCAACCAGCAAUAUCGACCUCUCUCUCACUCGGUGGCCUACAGCCCCCAACGUGGUCAACAGCUGCCUCAGCCAUCCCAGCAGCCUGGUUUACAGCCCAUGAUGCCUACCCAGCAGCAGGCGGCUUACCAAGGCAUGAUUGGGGUCCAGCAGCCACAGAACCAGGGCCUGCUCAGCAACCAGAGGAGCAGCAUAGGGGGCCAGAUGCAAGGCCUGGUGGUUCAGUACACUCCACUGCCGUCUUACCAAGUCCCAGUGGGUAAUGACUCACAAAAUGUGGUCCAGCCACCUUUCCAGCAACCCUUGCUGGUCCCUGUGAGCCAAUCUGUGCAAGGGGGCGUGCCAGUGUACUACAGCGUGAUCCCACCGGCUCAGCAGAAUGGUACGAGCCCUUCUGUGGGGUUUCUGCAACCUCCUGGCUCUGAGCAGUACCAGAUCCCUCAGUCUCCCUCUCCCUGCAGUCCGCCACAGAUGCCACAGCAGUACUCAGGAGUGUCACCUUCUGGGCCAGGUGUGGUGGUCAUGCAGCUGAAUGUCCCUAAUGGACCCCAGGCCCCCCAGAACCCAUCCAUGGUCCAGUGGAGUCACUGUAAAUAUUACAGUGUAGACCAGCGGGGGCAGAAGCCUGGAGACCUGUACAAUCCUGAAAGUAGUCCCCAGGCCACCACACAGAUGAGCAGCAGCCCUGUCACAUCUCCUACCCAGUCCCCAGCACCCUCUCCUGUCACCAGCCUCAGCAGCGUCUGCACAGGACUCAGUCCCCUGCCUGUCCUUACACAGUUCCCCCGGCCCGGGGGUGCAGCACAGGGUGAUGGGCGCUACUCCCUCCUGGGCCAGCCAUUACAGUACAAUCUGUCCAUCUGCCCUCCCUUGCUCCAUGGCCAGUCGACUUACACAGUGCACCAGGGACAGAGUGGAUUGAAGCAUGGAAACCGGGGCAAGAGACAAGCACUCAAAUCUGCCUCUACUGACCUGGGGACAGCAGAUGUUGUCCUAGGGCGGGUGCUGGAGGUGACAGAUCUCCCUGAGGGCAUCACCCGUACUGAGGCGGACAAACUCUUCACUCAGCUGGCCAUGUCUGGCGCCAAGAUCCAGUGGCUCAAGGAUGCUCAGGGGCUGCCCAGCGGGGCCGGGGGGGAUAACGGUGGGACUGCUGAGAAUGGCCGCCACGCGGACCUCGCUGCCUUGUACACCAUCGUGGCUGUGUUCCCGAGCCCGCUGGCUGCCCAAAAUGCCUCCCUUCGUCUCAACAACUCCGUGAGUCGCUUCAAACUUCGAGUGGCCAAAAAGAACUAUGACCUGAGGAUCCUGGAGCGAGCCAGCUCCCAGUGAGCGGAGAAGGGGAAGGGACCAGCACAGUAGGGGUGGGGUCAGGGUGGAGGGGGUCGAGGGAUUCUGACAGACCAUGGACAGAGGCACAAAGUAGGGAAACAUGCUAAACUGGAGCCUAAGACUAUAGGGACAAAGAUGGAAAAAGAUACACUGGCACUGGACUCCCCUGCCAUGGUCCUUUUUCCUUGGUUGGCUCCUCUCUGCUUCCCUCUCCUUCCCAUCCUCUUCUAUCAUUUUUUUUAUCUCUUCUCCCACCAUGAAAUUAAUUUCUUUCAUGUUUUUUGGCCAGGUAGAAUUAGGAGGAUCCCACACUCCCCUGUUCUCCUAUUUCCUUAACAUCCCAAGCUCCAUUUUCUUUUUUGGUCUUUAUGAGUAUAUUUAUAUGGACAGAAUUAAGAAAAACGAAAUUGAUUUCCCCUUCCUUUCAUUCCCCCUAUCUUGUCUCCACAAACCCCACAGAGUUAAAACUUGGACCUCCUCCCACUCCCGGAACACUUGUAUAUUGUUUGUUUGAGGUUCGUGCCGCAGUAACAGACACAGUAUUUAAUUGCACAUACAGAUGUUUGCUGGGUAUAUUCACUGUAAAUUUUAUUUAAUCUGGUUUUUUUGUUUGGGGGUUACUUGAGGGGAGGUUGGUUUGGUUUUUAAAUAUAAAAAAAAUCUUCUGUUACUGGA